AUGACAAAUUCCUUUGAAAGCUGUGCCUUUUAUGACACAACGGAAUCGAAAAUGUCGGAUCAGCGGAUUGUGAUCAACGUUAGUGGGCUGCGUUAUGAAACACAGAAGGCAACUUUAAAUCGAUUUCCAAAUACUCUUCUGGGAUGUCCUUUACGUCGGAACCGCUACUACGAUGCGUUGCGCAAUGAGUACUUUUUUGACCGCAACCGACCAAGCUUCGAUGCAAUCCUUUAUUUUUACCAAAGUGGCGGUCGGCUAAGAAGACCGGUAAACGUACCGAUUGAUGUAUUUACGGAAGAAAUCAAAUUUUAUGAUCUUGGCGAAGAAGCGUUUGAACGGUACCGAGAGGAUGAGGGAUUUAUUAAGGACGAAAUACACAUACUACCGAAGAACAAUUUCCAACGUAAAGUGUGGUUGCUGUUCGAAUACCCUGAAAGCUCCGCCGCAGCCCGUUGCGUGGCUAUUAUUUCAAUCACUGUCGUUCUCAUAUCAAUUGUCGUCUUCUGUGUAGAAACCCUUCCUCAUUUCCGUCAUUAUGAGAUCCUGCGACCGGAUGAUGAACCGCUACCAGUAAUCAUGCCAGUGGAUACCCCUCAAACCACUGGAACAUUUUUUGUCCUAGAAACGCUUUGUAUCAUUUGGUAUACCCUAGAACUACUGAUUCGUUUUGCAUCUUGUCCCCAAAAGCUGUAUUUUUUUAAACAGAUAAUGAACUUGAUCGACAUAGUGUCCAUCAUCCCUUACGCCAUCACCGUUGGUACGCUUUUUGCGGAAACUACGAAAACACAAAAUCAAGCAAUGUCACUUUCUAUUUUAAGAGUGAUUCGCUUAGUUCGAGUAUUUCGAAUUUUUAAGCUAUCCCGACACUCAAAGGGACUUCAGGUUCUUGGAAGAACGCUGCGAGCCAGCUUUCGGGAGUUGGGACUGUUGUGCUUCUUUCUCUUUGUGUGUGUCGUGCUUUUUUCUGCUGCUGUUUACUUCGCUGAAGUGGAUGCUGCAGAUGAACAAUUCCCUAGCAUCAUCGAUGCAUUCUGGUGGGCCGUAGUGACCAUGACCACCGUUGGUUACGGUGAUAUGAGACCGGUUACGAUGUGGGGAAAGGUCGUGGGAUCUAUGUGUGCUAUUGCGGGUGUCUUAACCAUAGCUCUACCAGUUCCUGUUAUUGUAUCAAAUUUCAACUACUUUUACCACAGGGAAUCGGAAGCGGAGGAUAAAGCGGUGUAUGUUCAUGUGUCAAACAGCCACGGAGAUUUGUGCGACUCAGAUGGCACUCGUUCACACUUUAAUCGUUCCAGUGAAGAAAGCACUUCUGGAAAGUUACUUUGUGUCUAUAUUAACAGACGAGCUUCGUUCCGCUUAUCCGAUAAGGAGAAAAACGCAUUUGCUCUCAUGGACAGACGAGCUUCAGAACCUCCAGUAUCUGUUGAGAGGGAAGCUAUGCAUUCCGCUGCCGACAGCGAUGAAUGCAGUGAACUAUGCCCACAGAAGCCCACAUUCAAAUCCAGUGAAAAUGCAGCCUCCAUUUCAUAUCGUCACCAUCACCAAGAAUUUCAGGAAAUUAUGCUGCAACACGAGCUACAGGCCCAACGCUUCAAGGACAUUUAUCCACAACAACAGGUAGUCACUUAUCCAAAAAGGCCUUCCACACAGUACACGAAUAAUCCGUGUGCGGAAUCUGAGGUUUUAGUUCUUCCGUAA